GUAUUAAAGACAAAAUUACAAAGAAAUUUAAGCUAAAAUAUCAAGAAAGUAAGUAAAAAUAAGUAAGAAAAAUGGGAGAAGUGAAGGUUUUGGGAGCAUGGCCAAGUCCUUAUUGUUAUAAGGUAAUAUGGGCUUUGAAACUCAAAGGUGUGGAAUAUGAAUAUGUUGAAGAAGAUCUUUCUAACAAGAGUGAUGAGCUUUUGAAGAGCAACCCUGUGUACAAGAAAGUUCCGGUGCUUAUUCAUGCCGGAAAAUCGAUCUCGGAAUCGAAUGUUAUCCUAGAGUAUAUUGAAGAGACAUGGCCUCAACAUCAUCUCCUUCCACAAGAUCCUCAUGAGAGGACUGUUGCUCGGUUUUGGACCAAGUUUGUUGAGGAUACGAUCAGUCCUGUAUUUCGAGCAUUUUUCAUUGCUUCGGGAGAAGACCACCUAAAAGCAAUAGAAGAAGGCAAGGAGCUGUUCAAGGUCUUAGAAGAGCAAGAUCUAGGAGACAAGAAGUUCUUUGGCGGCAACAAGGUAGGGCUGAUGGACUUGGCUUGUGGGUGGCUUGCUUGGUGGUUUGAAACAAUUGAAAAAGUAGUUGGUGUUAGAAUACUUGAAGGCAGCCAUUUUCCUCGUUUGAAACUAUGGGCAGAGAAUUUUAAGAAUGUAUCGGUAAUCCAGGAAAACCUGCCUGACCGAGAAGAAAUGUAUGAAUAUUACAAGCAUAUUAGGGAGAUGUUUAUGUCAGGUAACAACAGCUGAGGGUAGGACUGUCAGGUGGAUAAAAUGUAUGUCCUGCAUUUCCUGCUGAAUAAAAUGUAUCUGUGAACCUUUAGUAUCAACUGAACUAAAACCAGAAAUUAGUGAAUCAUCAAUUUAUCAGAGACGUAUAAAGUGAAAGUAAACCCUGAUUCCUAAUAUAACACAAUGAAAGCAACUAAUUCUGGAUGUAAACCCGAAAAAGUAUCCAGCCUUUUGCCUUUGCAACUUUGCUUUCUGCUGAUAAACUAGCAUUUCAACCCACCAAAUAAAUAUGCUUUGACGACAAGCAUUAAAUUUCAGGGAUUAAGGGCAAAUUCUUCUCUAUUACUUCAGCAAAAAAACUCAGAUAAGAACUCAAUUAUAAAAAUUCUUGUAGCCUAUUAGAAAACCCUUGUUUGUCACAUCAUUAGAGAAACUAGAUAACAAUACAAGUGGUCCACAAAAUUGCAUCACCUAACCUAACUUUAACUUUAUUAACAUCUGUCUCUUUUGCUGUUGUCAAAAAAAAAAAAAAAA